AGGACAGUGAAAUAAUUACAGGCAAAGGCUGGGUGUCUGUCUCCUCCUACGCAUCGAUGAGGAGGGAGAGGUCUCGCACAUAAAUACUGACUUCAAGACAGCAAAGGGAACUGUAUCUUCACAGGACAUCCCUCCAGACCCUGAACCAGUCUUCAUAACCACAGGCACAAUGGCAGAUGCAAGCUUUCAGCGGGAGUUCUUGGAAACCCACAAUGCCUACAGGCUGAAGCACAACACGCCAAAGAUGACCCUUAGCAGCGAGCUGUCUGCUUCAGCUCAGAAAUGGGCCAAUCACCUGCUGGCAAUCGGCGCCCUGCAACACAGUAAACCUGAGGACAGAAAGAACAUCGGAGAGAACGUCUACAAUAUGUGGAGCUCAGCAACCCUUAAACUGACAGGGAAAGAAGCUGUAGAUUCGUGGUACAGUGAGAUCAAGAAUUACAACUGGAGCCGCCCUGGAUUCAGCAGCAAUACUGGUCAUUUUACUCAGGUGGUGUGGAAAGACAGCAAAGAACUGGGCGUGGGCAUGGCCACUGAUGGCCACAAGGUCUUUGUGGUUGGGCAGUACCGGCCAGCUGGCAACAUGAACAUGGCAGGAUUCUUUGAGAAAAACGUCCUCCCAAAAGCAUAAAAGACAGCUGGCAGAGAGGUGGGUGGAGCAGACAACACUUCCAGUGAGGAAGGUGCAGUGAGCCCAAGGAAAACUUCACACUGCUGUAGAUCCUUGACCAUUACUGCGACCCCCAACACCUUGUUGCUAAAUGUUCCAUGUUGUCAAAAACGUAAAAUACAUCAAAUAAAACAUGUUAUUGUGUAAAA